CGUAACCAAUAUUCGUCCUCGCCGGCCACCGGAUGGCCUAAAGUAAAAGUAGACGGCAGAAUCUUCGCUAUAAAAGCGGUUGGGCACUCCAAGAGCCAUCACACAACCUCCAACACUCACUGAGUUCAUACAACAAACAUGGCAAAGUGGAGCAUUAUUGCCCUCGCGCUGGUCGGCUGCGCCGUGGCCGAGCCUCCGGUAGGCUACAGCUAUUCCGCGCCAUCUUCUCACCUGAUAAUUGGCGGCGGAUCAGGCCACGGCUCUCCCUUAGCCAGCGGCGGACACUACACCUCAGUCCCAGUCGGUCACCAAACCUCAGAAGGCUACCACAUCGACCCUCAUCUACUCGACAAAAUCAGACACAUCAUCCUUAAGGACGAAAUCCAAAACCAGGCUUACCAAUCAUCCAUCGGAGGUGGACACGGUCAUGGCCACGGUAUCUCCUCAUCCUACGGACCCCCUGCUCCAGUAUACGGGGUUCCCCACGACAGAAUCGUAGGCGUAGAACUCGAGUCUCUCCAACAAGGUAUCCAAGUGGCGCAAUACCACCAGGCUGAGGAAGGUUACGGCGGUUACUCUGGCGGUUACGCCGGUGGUUACGCCGGUGGCUACUCCAGCGGUGGUUACUCCAGCGGCGGCUACUCCAGCGGUGGUUACUCCGGCGGUCACGGCUCCAUCUCAUACAGCUCUCCGUCCGCCCAUUACACCACCAUCGGCGCCCCCUCAGGCUCCUACGGCGUCCCGUCCCCGUCAGGCUCAUACGGUGUCCCGCAUUAAACGAACGAAACUUAGUCAUCUCAUUUCAUUAAUGUUAUGAAACUCAUGUGAUUGCAUUAGACGUUAACUGUAUUAUAUUUGUUAUUAAUAUAAGUUUUCUGUAAAUAAAAAUCUACCUUUUUUGUA